AGGAAUAUAAGCUGAUCAGUUUUUCAACUGCAUGCAUACGGCCCAUGCUUAAGUGAAAAACAUAGAGCAAGAGAAUUGAUAUUGACGGUUUAGCCUCCUUUUGGUGCGAAAUGCUUUCCACGUUUCUAGUUCUGUUUUUUCUACAAUCAGUCUCUUCUAGGAAUUUGAACCGAGUUGAAAGUCCGAUUCCUAUGGAGGAAGCUCCCUUAAACGGCUGUCAAAAUGAAGAAGAAUGCGAGUAUGGCUCGCGGCAGCGCGUGGGCCGCUCGAGUGUGCUUACACAGAAGCGCCAAGUCCCUUGUGACACCCUCCCGUCGCACCUGCAGCUAAACUGUAAUCUUUUUAUGGGCAAAAGACGGGAUGAUUUCUCUAGACGAACAUAUGAACGCCCACGUAGCUUUGUGAACCCUUUACAGUUUCAAGACCCCGUUCCAAGAUGCACAAAAUUUACCUGCCGUUUCAACCCAAGUGGCAAAAAGAAAUUUAUGGUUAAGAAAGGUGUCCGUGAUACUGCACUGAAGGAGGACAACAUGGGUGAUGUGACCUCAGACACCAACUCAAAAACUUGCACCGAUCCAACAGACUUGUUUUGCUACAGCAGUGGAGGAGCUGGACGAAAGCGAUCGAUUCCUGAAAUAGACCAAAACUGCUCAGAUCCAGAAAAUAGUCAGACUUCAAUAUGCCGCUGGGGAAGUCAAGUAGGAAAAAAAAGUUUUUCCGAUUAGGAGAUGAGCACGAUUGACAAUAAGAGGUGAUUUGAUUUAUGAGGUUAGAUAACUCUGUGGCCGCCCUUGAGUGUAACAACGAAACAAGAAUAUCAGUUAGGAGAAAAUGCUAUUGGUCUCCAGACUUCUUUUCUUUGCUGAUUCUUAACAAUAUAAAUUUCUGUGUUAUAGAUUAAAGCUGUGGAAUAAAAGCGUUUUUAUGUGCC